GACAUUAUUUUCCAGUAAACUACUACUUUACAAGUCCCAUUUUAGCCAAUUUUAGCUUAAGUUGAACCAGAGAAUUUUAAAAACGAAAAAUUGAACAUUUCGGUUAUUGGCAGUUCAUCGUGCACAUAGCAUCCUUUCACUUUGAAAGGGCUCUUCCGCCGUUCGCGUUGUUUGUGUUCAAAAUGGCGAGCAUGGAUUUAAGCCUAGACGAUAUUAUUAAGAAGAAAUUCACCAAGAACCCUGUGAAGGGUAAAGGAGGAUUUAAAAAAUUUGUGGGAAACAAUGUUGGUAAUAAUAGGGGCAAUCCCCAAGCUAAUGUGAAUCGUCGUCGGGGUGUGCCACCACAGAGAAGACUAGGCAAUCAAAAUGCUUUUGCCGGCCAGCAGCCUCCUAGGCAGACCAUGGGUGAUGCUCGCAAUCGUAUAAUUCUGAAGAAACGUAUGCAGCUCACUGAUGCCCGGGACAAGCUGUGUGAGCUCGCUAAAAAGACAGAUGCUCGUCAAAAAUUGGAGAAACUACGUGAAAGAAGAAUUGGUAUUCACAACGCUUUAGGGCCUUUAGGUUACGAUGGUUUCCGUAUGAAUCUCAAGAGGCCCAUGCGCAAUCCUAUCAACGUUACUGGAAGACCUAGCUUGGCUCCUGGACACAUUGCACUUCAGAGGACCAUCAAUCAGCCUAUUGGCAGUGGCAGGUUUCAUUCAAAAGUUCCAGCCCUCAUGGAUAUGGACAUUGAUCUGAAUGAUGACUACCUCCCUGAAGGACCUCUGCAACUUCGCAGAACUGUCAAUAAUGAUCAAAUGAGACCAGAGCCUCUUCUUCGCCCUUCUAAGCUUUCUAGUUCUUCUCCAUAUACAUGGAAAGCUCCUCAACCACGUCUCACCCAGUCCAGUUCCAGCAGAGGGUACAUUGAUUUGGACUACCCUGCAGAGCAGCGAAAGCGAAUGAAAUUACCCUCUCCACCGCCUAUGAUGCGACCAAUCCUUGUUUCUGAUGAUGAAGACAUUGAACCAGUCCGACCAACCAUGAGAUCCUCUCGAGCUACUAGUGACAAUCCUGUGUCGGGCAAAUCCCGAUUGGAAUCAUCCAGGAUUCAAGUCUCCUCUGCUCCCAGUGGAGGAUCUUCUGGAUACAGGAUUGUGGUUUCCAACCUACAGAACAGUGUUACUCAUGAGGAUAUACGGGAACUCUUUGAGGAUGUUGGUCCCCUCGUUGCAUCAAGGUUGGUUCGACCAGGUACUGCUGAGGUGGUUUACCGCCAGUUUAAGGAUGCUGAACGUGCAGUUGAAAAUUAUCACAACCGUCAAUUAGAUGGUCAGCCUAUGAAAUGCCUCUUGGUGAAGCCAAGGCCAUCUACAGCAUCCACAGCACAACCCAGUAGUGGCAGUCUACGUGGACCAGUGGCUUCUUCAUCAAAAUUAACUGGUAGUGGAAAAUCAUCUGUGGUCCCCGAUAUUAGCACAAUACACAAAGCGCUCUUCAACAAGGCUUAGCUGUGCUUAGUAUUUUACUGUACAUUGUCUCUUUGAAAAUGUAGCUAUACUCUCUCAUUUGUAACCUGUGAGGACUUUAAUUGCACAUUGCGUGUAAUAUGGGCUGCAGUUCUUGACCAGUUUAAGUAUCAUUUUUUAAUUUUUUUCCCCCCAGAUUUUACAAACCCAAUAUGUGAAUAGAAAAGGAGACUGAAACUUGCCUUUCAUUUUAUGUCUAUUCACUUCCCCCUCCCAACCAAAUUUUGCUGUCAUGAAUGUAUGCCCAUCAAUUUUCUAAUGAGUUUUGUAGUUUAAGAGUCAUGAAUCUAGCAUGUAAGAAUUAACUGGAAUGAAAGCAAUCAUUUUUGUGUAAGAUAUCUACAUUACUUGGUUUGUUAAAAAUAUAAUUGUAACAACAAUUAAAUGAAAUCUCAUGUUU